AUGAUGACGGUGCCUAGAGACUCGCCUCAAUCUUUAGAAGCUAGCACGACGACCAACACAACGGCCAGCAACUCCCCAGGCAACACUCAGCCUCACAUUCAGCCUCCAGACUCAUCAUCGUCGGUGCGAGUUCACUUUGCAGGCAAAGCGUUGGGUGUCAUCAGCUUCCUCACGGGCACGCCGUUCCUCUUCCCCGAGGGACAAGAAUGGAUCAAAGCUCGCACCGGGCAGCAUGUUGCAAUUGAAAAACUUUGUCCAGCGCGAGCGCCUUGGGAUAAAGAGCGCGGACAAAGCUUCAACACUUUUUUGAUGAACAUGAACACUUGCAAUCCCUAUGAACUUCCUGACCGGGAAACAGUGCAAAUGUACUUCCAGGCAUAUAAGAGUUCCAGAGUGAUGCGGCGCAUAUUUCCUAUUAUAGACCCGGAGCUCUUCGAGGAGACCCUUCAUACGGCUUACAGUCAAUUUUCAUCUACCUUCAAAUAUGAUCAAGCUAGCGCCAGGGUUUGUGUCAUUGCAUUUGUUAUCUUCGUUUCUCGCCUACCUGAUCUCAAUGACAAAGUCAGCGCGAGUACUAUGUCUGCCACUCCAAUCAAUCAUGAUCAACUUGCAACCAAGGCACAAUUUUUGAUGUCUCAGGUAUUACAAGAAUCUGCCAAUUUGGAUGCAGCGCAAGCUAUUACCAUAUUGACUCUCUUCGAGCUAUCUUCGGGAAAUAUGCGGACAACUAAUUACUUCGGAGCGAUUGCUACGCGACUCAUUUUCAUGCUUGGUGGCAAUCUUUCUAACAGUCACGCCAUCUUGACGGAUAAGCGCAGCGAGCAAAAGCAUACACAACUACGGAAUCUAUUCUGGAUUUGCUACACGAUUGAUAAAGACCUUGCACUACGCACGGGUCAGCCGCCUACUAUCAUCGAUGAAAAUUGUGAUCUGACACUUCCGCCGGGCUAUCUCGACCGAGCAUUCUUGGACGUGGAAAAUGAGGACCCAUGGUACGGUCCAGUAUUUCCAUUUGACUUGCGUCUGAGUAUCAUCAAAGCCCGGGCGCAUCGAGAGCUAUAUUCAGUCAGCUGCCUCCAAAAAUCAGACGCCGAGCUCCUCAAGUCAAUCCGAGAACUCGAUGAUGCGCUAGAGGAAUGGCGGCUAUCAGUCCCUCCUGAAUGGCGUCCAACCAUGUCCUUUUCUUCAGAGACGUCCGAUCCGAACAUGGGUAUGCAAACUGUCAUGCUCCGUCUAAACUAUCAUCUAUGUAUGACCAUCAUUCAUCAAGCGAGUGGGAGAUGCAAGGCGUGGAUGCAAGGACAAAGUGGCAUGAUGGAUGGAGUGAGUUCAAGUAUGGCACUUUCAGUAGAGGCCAGUCGAUCAAGUCUUUGUUACCUCGAGGCUGCAGAACACGUGGUAGUCGACGGAGUUUUUUGGACUCUAAUCUUCUACCCAAUUUCCGCACUGCUCACCAUCUUCUGCAGCAUUCUCCAGAACCCAUUGGACCCACAUUCACGCGAAGACUUGGGCCGAUUGAAUGUCGCCACAGUUAUGAUGGAGCGUAUCUUCUCGCGGAAACUGCCUGAAUCUGAGCUUGUACACUUCAAAUUGGUCGCCGAUUUCAUUGUGGAAUUGAAAAGAUUGGCCGAGUGUGCCAUUGACAAGGCUUGGGCGGAGCAGCGCGCCGCCUCUCAUUGA